AUGCUUCGGGGAGGAAGUUCCAAACGCCGUCGUGGACGUCGGGAUAAGGCUUUUCCUAAAUAUUGCAGGUGUGGGGCUGAGGCGGUUAUAAAGACGUCUGGAACGGUUAAGAACUCUGGAAGGCUCUUCCAUUGUUGUCCUUAUGGAUCUGAAGAGCCGUCGGUUUUUCUUUUAACUUCAAUGGAGGCCGGGGUGUCGUUCGACUGUGCAGAAAAAAAAUCCCAUCUAUUUACCUGGACCGAUGAAUGUAUGGUGGAAGAAAUUGAAGAUUUAAAGGAUUUCGUGAGUGAUGUGAAAGGGGAAAUAUCUAUUUUGCGCGGUGAAAUUGAUGGUUUGGAGAAAGAGCUCGAACGGUCUAAGCUUAAGAUUCAAUCGGAGAUAAAGGGGAAUGGUUGUUGUGUUCUUAUGUAA